GAAAAUUUAAAAAAAAAUUAAAUAAAUAAACAAAAAUCUAAACAUUCAAUUAAACAGUGAAAUUUUGAUUUGUAUGAUUUGAUUAAAAGAUAUUUGUGAUAAGAGUGUAAUUGAUAAACAGAAGAUUUAAGAAAACAAUUGUGAAAAUCGUGAUUUAGCAAAACACUAUCCUAACCCCUUGACUAUUAGGCGAUGUGCACUAAAAUGUUACAAUAUUAUUGAUACCCAAGCUGUUCAAGGAUUACUGAAGUUAUUUUGUUUUGGUUUAGCUUGUGACGGCCCGUAUAAGUAGUUGUAGCAGCAGCAGUAGCAGCAGCAGCAUAGCACCGUGCGCCGGAUUCUAUAAGCCAUGGCAACGUUAAUACCGUCCUCAAAUGUUGAGGCCGCUUAUGAAGAUAUGUUUAAAGAAAUCACAAGAAAAUUAUAUGGGGAAGAGACCGGAAAUGGUUUGCAUACAUUGGGCACACCGGUUGCGCAGGUGGCGACCACAGGGCCCACAGCACCCGAGGGCGAGCGCUCGUUCACGAAUUUGCAAAUCGAUCGCAGCGCUGCACCCACCAUUGAAUAUGACAACAAUGCCGCUAAUGUAGCGGCAACAGCUGCAGCUGCUGCUGCGGCGGCAGCAGCAAAUGUUGUAAUCCAACAACAACCCGAGGGCUCUGUGGUGGUGGCAACGACAGGCGGUAAUUUCAAAUCGGAAGACCACUUGAAUACGGCAUUUGGUUUGGCGGCGUUAAUGCAGAAUGGUUUUGCUACAACCACCACAACCACGGGCAAUGCUACUGGUACCGUUGUUGCCGGUGAUCAACAACAACAACAACAGCAGCAGCAGCAACAGCAGACACAAAUUGUACAAUGGUCGACACCGGCGGCAACAGGUGGUAAAUUGCAAAGUUAUACGGCUGCCACGCAACAGCAGCAACAACAACAACAACAACAACAACAACAACAAAUGCAGCAACAAGUUGGCACAAGCAAGUCCAAAUCGAAAAAUCGUAAUGAUUCCACCACCGAAGUUAUCUAUACUAGUCCGUCAACCUCGGCCAACACCUUGAAUUCCGGUCAGAUACAACAGCAAACGACGCCUACGUCGUCGAACAGCGGCGCCGUCUCCAGCUCCAGUGGCGGUAGCAGUCGUAAAAAGUCCCAAAAUAACAACAACCACCAAAACGGCAACAAUGCCAACAAUAAUAAUGGCGGCGUACAAGUACAGAAACGUUACGCCUGUACACAUUGUCCCUACUCCACCGAUCGGCGAGAUCUGUACACUCGCCACGAGAACAUACACAAAGAGGAGAAACCCUUUCAGUGUUUCGCCUGUCUGAAGCAAUUCAAUCGGGCCGAUCACGUCAAAAAACAUUUCCUGCGCAUGCACCGAGAAUUGCAGUAUGACAUUAAUAAGACACGUCGCCAUGUAUCCUCCUCGAGUACGUCCAACAAUGGUGGCGGUGGCAAUCAACAUGCGGGCGGACGUGGAAACGUCACCAUCACUUCGGUAAAUACGCAACACACAAACAAUACGAACAUCAGUUGUGGCUCACCCGAGCAAAAACCCAACAUCAUAUUCCAGGGCGCCAACGUACAACUGGACAAUGCAUUCCUCGAGGCACAGCGCCAACCGACAUCGUCGAGCAUGAGCAUUGCGGAGACUAUCGAAGCUGUAGCCACAGCAGCCGAUGCGCCAUUGCCUCAGCUCAAACAGGAGAAACAGGACGAUAUUGUCCUCGGCGGCGUUGGUGUCAAUAGCGCGAUCGGUGCUAACGGUGGCGGUGUUGUUGGCAGCUCUAGUGGUGCUAGUGGCAACCUGAAACCGAAACGUGAGAAGCGAUUCAACUGCUGCUACUGUCAAUGGUCCGGUGCGGAUAAGUGGGGUCUGAAACGUCAUCUGAAUACGCAUACAAAACCGUUUGUCUGCUUGCUAUGCGAUUACAAAGCUGCGCGCUCGGAACGUUUGGCCACGCACGUACUGAAGGUGCACAACAAACGCGCCUGCAAUAAAUGCUCCUUCCUCGGCGAUACACAGGAAGAAUUUCAGGCGCAUAUCAAUGAAGUGCAUCAUACAACACAUAGUGGUGGAGGCGGCGGUGGCGGCUCAUCCACUUCCAGUAAUCAGGGUGGCAAUGUUGGUGGCGGCGGUUCGGUUACAAUUUAUACCACAACAACAACGAACGACAAUGGUAGCGGUAACAUAACCGGCGGCCCACUACAGGAAAUCAUUGUAAAUCCCACAUCGAUGGUGGGUUGGCGUCUGAGCGCCAAUGGCUCACUAAUACCGCCACACGAUCUAUUAACGGGCGCCUUGCCCACGGCGGCUGCGCAAAAACGCGGCUCCGAACGUUUAUUUCAAUAUCUUGAGGCAGACGGAAGCGAUCCGGAGGACUAUGCGCGUCUUCUAAAAAUGGAUGCCAUCAGUCGCAAUACCGCUUCAGUCGCUCAGGAUUUUCAUAAGGCGGGAGGCGUGCAAGAGUUGAAAAUUCCAGCUAAUCAUCAACUCCUGUUUAAUAAUAAACUGCCUACACAAUGGACGACCAAAGAGGCUGCGGCACUAUUACAUUCCCUAAGCAACAACAGCAACUUUGCCCAUAAUUAUCAACAGCAACUGCAGCAGCAUCUACAGCAGCAACAGCAACAACAACAACAACAACAGCGUAGUAAAAGUCAUAUUCGUCAACGGCAACAUUCGACUGGUGAAGAAGAUGACAAUACACCAUCAUCCUCCUCAUCAACAUCAUCGAAUUGUGAUAGCGCAUCGCCGUUGAAAGAUAGCGCUGGCGGUAGACAAUAUGCUUCGAGUUGUAAAACAACAAUUACAAAUAACAGCAGCAGCAGUUGUGGCAACAGUGAGCAGAGAAAGGCGAUGUCGGCAUUCUUGAGUGAAAAUUUCGAUUUGCAAGCAACACCAGAAGGUGUUAUCGAAAUGUUAGCAGCAGCAGCAGCAGUCAACAACAACAACAAGCGUAAAUAUCAGCAAAUCCAACAACUUCUGAGCAAUGAUGAAGAUCAAGAGAAUCAAGAGCAGCUUAUUAGAUCGCCUCCCGCGUACAACAAUAAAGAAAAUAAUUCAGUGAAUUACCAUAAUACCAACCGAAAUCAAAGUACGAGAACACGAACACUCAUUCCACGUACAACGAAUGCCACGCAUAACAACCGCGAACAUCGCCUUGAUCUGCUACACAAUCUCGAUCGCGAUGAUAAGGAGAACAACAAACAAAACAUUAUCUCAUUCCUCACAGGCAUGGACUUGGAGGAACUGAACAAUGCUGAACCAGUAGUCGCGAGCAAUAUGAUCAAGAGCAUCAUAAAUAAGUAUUACAAUGAAACACCACUCAUGUAUCCAGGCAUGCCCAUAGCCAUGGAGAGUCCGCCAGAGCGCCAACAACUAGCUGAAUCACAGCCAUUGCAGGAGCAACCCUCAACAUCGCAACGCAAGCAAAAGCUUAGUGAAACCGAAGAGUACAUAGAGUAUUUGCGCAACAAAGAGGAUAUAACGCUGACUAUCACACCGAAAGUGUCCACAACGCAGAAGCAACGCAAUGGUUGUACUUCACAAACACAACAACAACAGUGCGGCAGUCCCACACAACCAGCCUGGUUGCAAACGCCUGCAGUCACUCUAGCGCCAAUCGCACCAAUUGUGCACCAGCCUGUACAACAACUACAACAACUACAACAACUACACCAACCAGCACAGAAGCAAACACAGCAGCCAUCCAAACGACGCAAAUCACUAUCUCAGAUAGCUACAUUGUUGCCAUUGCUGGCGGAUGCAGCCUCCAAGCAGCAGUACCUUACCGCACCUCUCGACUUUAGCCGCAAACCCAAACACGCUGACGAGGCCACAUGCACACCCACGUCUGCGCCCACAGCAUUUAGCGCUACACCCACACAGCCAGUUGCAGCGAUGACGCCGACAGCAGCACAAGUCUCCGUUAUACGGACGGCACCCACGCAACAACAGCUACAACAACAAAACCAUAUUGUGCCGAUUACACAGAGCAGCAACAACAGCGACAAACGUUCGUCACGCAAACAAGCGCAACCGAAGAAAAUACGCGCACCGCCAGAGGUGAUAGUGGCCAUGCUACGCGACAAGUAUCUAAAUCGCAUGGUGGAUCAAAAGCUAAGUUGCCGUACAUGCGCCAACGACAAGCAGCGCGCCGCCGUAAUGCUCGUUUUCAACUAUCACACCAAGGGGUCAUUGGCGUUGCACCAAUGCUGGCGGCAUCGUAAGGAGGUCUUACACUGUCCGCGUUGCCAAUGCGCGUUCAAACGACGCAGCAGUCUCAUUUUGCAUAAACGCCGUGAACAUCGCAAUGUUAAGCUUAACAAGCGGCGGGAAGCGGAAAGAGUGAGCAAGCAGUUGAGACAGCAACAGCAAGAGAAGAGCAGUAGUAAGAAACUGCAAAAGCAGGCCAAAAAGCAAACUAAAAGAGUAGUUGCUUUACGAGCGGCUUGAGGGCAACGGGUGCAUAAAUCAUAGUAUAUAUGAGUACAAACUUGCGUACAUACAAAUGAAUAUUUGUAAAUUUGUUUUUAAUUAAUCUAUAUUAAUACGCUUAAGCCGAGCGGGCGUAGCGUGUCAGUUUAAUAACUUAAUUAUUUUUCUUAAUGCGUACACUUCACGACGCGUAUGUCGAUCGAUACAUCCGGGUGCAUCUGCGUCAUGAAGUACGAACUUCACACAAAAAUCCAACAAACAAAAGAAGAAGCUCGAUUGAUAAUUGAUUGAGCUUAAGUCGAGCUUUAAAGUUUAACAAAUAUUUUUCUCUAUUAUUUAAUUUAUUAAUUUUGCAUUAUAUACAUAUGUAUAUAAAUACAUAGCUAUAUUUGAGUAUGUUGGUGGAAAAUCGCUUCUACAGUCUCAAAUCGCCAAUAAGAUAUACAAAUACAUAUGUAUGUAUGUAUGUAUGUGUGUUUAUUUUACGGUUGUAUUACGCUUACAUUAUUACACAAAUUGCAUGGUGACAUUAUUUUUAUUUCAUAAAAAAUUAUUUUUGUUAUAUAAUGAAACAAUCAAAAUUUCAUUUGCAAAUAUU